GAUAUGGUAGAACCUUUUUCUGACCUCCAUUUUACCUACAAAACCAACAACUACAAACAAAAGGAAAAAAAUAUAAAGGACGUAAGAAGCGAACCUUGAUAGAAAAAGAGGAAAAACUAAAAAACCCUAAAAACAAAUUUAAAAUAGAAAUAAAGAAGAAGAAAGAUACCAAGUUUAGUUUGGUUAGGGAAAUGGUUUAUUAAAUCAGAAUUCUUGUUUUUAGUUCCAAUUUCAAUUUCAAUAUCAAGUCUUUUAUUCGUUGAGCUCUCAUUGUCUUUCAAUCUUUUCUACCAAUUGUUGUUGUUAAUGUUGGUUGUAAGCGAUUGAUUCCAGUUGAAGCAAAACAAAAUUCUUUAAUCUUAUUGAGCUUUCUGAUGGUUUCAGUUUCAAUUAGGUUUUCUUCAUCUUUUCUUAUUCUUCAGAAGUUGGUGAAGAACAGUAAAACAAGGUGUUGUUCAGUUCAAUCUCAGAAGUAGUUUGUGAUAUGAAGAAGAAUAGAACAUGUGGGUGUUUCAUUUUUGAAUUGAUUGUUGGUAUUUGUAUUGUAUUUACUUUGUUUCAACCUGCUUUAGCUGUUAGACCUUUAAAGGAGAGGACAAGGUCUUGGGGUGAUGAGUGGUUUUUUAUCAAAAAAGAUGAGAGUGACGUUGGCACAUAUUCUCCGUGGAACAUAACUGGAACCUACAAAGGGACUUGGAACUUCCGAGAUUCAAAUAAUAGCUCCCACUGGUUUCCAGAUUUUGGAAAAUCUAAUGGGGUUUCAGUCCUUGAAUUAGUUAGUACUCCAACAAAGAUAACUGGUGUGCAUUAUGUCCAGGGGGUAAUUAUUUUCCACGACGUGGUUGACAAUGACCGAGAUACUGGAGCUGCUCAAAUGAGGGUAGAAGGUGUGUAUAUAUGGCCCUUUAGACAACUUCGGAUGGUAGUCAACAGCGAAAAGGAUGGAGAACUUGGUCAAGAAGACGAUUACAUUUUUUCCAACCCUUAUCACUUGCUUGGAGUUUUCUCCUCUCAGGUUUUUCAAGAGUCUCCCCGAGAUAAAAUGUGGAAGAAGAAGAACUCACCUUCCUUCGACAUGGAGAACCGCUGCAAUUUAGAAAUUGCAGCUCAAAUUGCACGUGUGUCACCCAACCAAUAUGAUGAAGAUCACGAGCUUUAUCAGUUGGAAGGGUUAAUCGAAAGUCCUUCUGUGGAAGAUGAUGGAGAGUGCUUCUCACCCAUAGUUGUAAAUGCUACUUCUGUCAAUGUUGAGGUUUACUACAACAAAGCAGUCAACUAUACAUUGAUGGUCACCUUUAUCUCUUUCCUUCAAGUGCUUCUGUUAAUUCGGCAAAUGGAACAUAGCAAUACCCAGUCAGGAGCAGCUAAAAUUUCAAUUUUAAUGAUCGGGCAACAAGCCAUUAUGGAUGCCUACCUUUGUCUUUUACAUUUAACAGCAGGAAUCCUAGUGGAGUCCCUGUUUAAUGCUUUCGCAACGGCUGCCUUUUUCAAGUUUGUUGUUUUCUCCAUAUUCGAAAUGAGAUAUCUUCUUGCGAUAUGGAAGGCGAAUAGGCCAGCGAGUAAUGGAGAAGGUUGGGAAAUAAUGAGACGUGAGCUGUCAGUUCUUUAUAGCCGUUUCUAUGGGAUUCUUUUGGGAGGCAUACUAAUCAUGUAUGAAUUUCAUAGUUAUCUGCGGCCUAUUCUUUUUAUUAUGUACUCCUUUUGGAUCCCUCAAAUAGUCACUAAUGUCAUACGUGAUUCAAGAAAACCGUUACAUCCACAUUACAUAUUGGGCAUGACUGCCACUCGGCUGGCAAUCCCGCUUUAUGUCUUUGGUUGCCCUAACAAUUUCAUGCGCAUCGACCAUGACCAAACUUGGUGUAUCUGUGUGGCGAUUUUCAUGGGACUCCAAGCAACUAUGCUUCUUCUCCAACAUUAUCUUGGAUCUCGAUGGUUUAUUCCUCAUCAGAUCUUACCAGAAAAAUAUAGCUACUACAGAAGGUUUGAUCACAAUACAUGUCACUCCACAGACUGCGUCAUCUGCAUGACAACCAUUGAUCUGCCACAAAGAUCAAAUGACUGCAUGGUGACACCAUGUGAUCAUUUCUUCCACUCAGGUUGUUUACAAAGGUGGAUGGAUAUAAAGAUGGAAUGCCCUACUUGCCGACGGCCCCUGCCGGCAGCCUAAACAGAGUCACAUCUUGUUUCUUGUAUAUUACUUAGAAUCAACUGACAUUGCCCCAACCCUUUCAAUUUUGAGGUGGGGCAGAACUCAGAUUUGCAUAGUACACACUGUUUCGAGAAGACUGAGAUACAUACGUAUAUGAUCACAAUUAAAUUUGAUCCUUGUACCAUUUCAGCAUUUUGCAUAAUCAAUACUGUUACAAAAUUCUUUUUGUUCUCUUUUCAUAUUUGUAUUUGUUAGUCAGAAAAUUCAUCUCUGUUGUAUCAUUUCUUUUUUCUUUAUACAGAUUAGUACAUUAGGCAACAAAAUUGGUCAGAGAAGUAGCAAUAAGUAUGUAUUAGUUUCCGGCCAACUUUGUUGGAUGUACACGAGCUAAACCAAAAACGAAUAACUUUAUACAAUUCUCAGCUGAAAGUGAAUUUUUUUUUUUUGAUA